ACAGGAAUCCGCAUAAACCUGGGAAGUUGGGGGUGGUGAUUAGAACUGUGAAGAGCAGAUGCCUGAAAUCGCUUGGAAUGAGGUUUGGUGCUCCGGAAAAUGUUCCCCAGUGUCUGAAUGUCAUUAAUCAGCAUAUGGAUUAUUGAAGCGCGAUGUUCCCCGCUGCGAUCACCCGUGACAGCUGCCUGAGGAACCGCAAAUUGCUCAUUGGCCGACCCGCGCCUCCGCUUUAAAAGCCUAGCCUGAUGAUCAGUCAGUGCUCUCUGAUCUCUGGCCUAGCUUUCUUAUUUUCUGCGCAACUCCCACGGAAUUUGCUUUUAAAGGAAGCAGAGCCCUUUAAUGGAUCUAUUCAAGGCUGGUAGAAUGAAGCAGUGCGUGUUUUUAAAGUUUAUGUUUUUGGUCCUGUCGUUAUCUGGUUGUGAUCUGGUUUCUGCUUGGGAUAAUGAUUCGUGUGGUUCCAUUUUUCCCAACAGAUUGGUUGCCAGUGUCAGCUCAAGCCACAAUAUAACCUGCUCGUUUUGCAAAGAUGGAGCUGCUGACAAGGUGCAAUGGAUAUAUGGUGGCAGUGCACUCCCCAGCAGCCAAUUCAUUAAGAUCAACUCCAGUGCUAGUAUGGCGAUGUUGACUAAUCUUUCCCUAACCAACAGGGAAGGAGAGAAUCUGACGUGUAUUUCUGAUGAGGAGUCUAAAACUAUGUUAAUUCAAACUGGAUAUCCUCCAGAUGCCCCUCGAGAUCUGAAGUGCAUAACUCAGAACUUUGACAAAAUCAACUGUUCUUGGGACCAAGGACGAGACACAAAUAUAGAAACCAACUACACCAGCUGUUCUUGGUCACCAACUGACUGCACAAAUGUGGGAAAGGCUAACUUUGUUGAACAUGACUUUCUAGUGUUCAGCAUGGUAAUAUUACAGAUAACUGCUGUUAAUGAACUGGGCACACAGAUGUCAGAAAAAUUCAGCGUGAAGGAGAGCGACAUAGUGUUUAUACCUUACACUCCGAAGCUCAACAGAGUGUUUCAAGAUCCGUCCAAUGACCAGGUGAUGGUGGUGGAAUGGUUCGAAGGAGGUGAAGCUUAUGAACUGGAUUUAAAAAUGAUUUUCCAAACCCAAGUUCUCCAGGCAUACAAAAUGCAAGAGGUCUGGGUGGGGAAUUACAGUAGCACCUUGGACUUCACCCGUAAUAGGGUGCUACAGUUGACUUGGACAUCAGAUAUGCCUCUCCAGUGCACAUCCUACUUAGUGAAGAUCCGCUCCAUUGGUAAUGAUGAUGAUUUCCUGUUUACUGGUAAAAGAGCAUGGAGUGAAUGGAGCCCACCAUUAAAACUUGAUGGCCGGGAUGUGACUGACCAGACCGAGUUUGAAUUCUAUCCCCCAGAUUCAACUGUUCUGGAAGCAGGUUCUAGUCCAGUGUUUUGCUGUGUAGCUGGUAAAGGAAAACGUGUCAAGGAGUUAAAUUUUGACGGAUUGAAUUUCUCAAGCACCGUAUUAAGUAACAGGAGCAUGGUUGUCAGGGUGCCGAAUGUCCCCCCAUCAAGAGAAUCUGGAGCAAAUGUUAUUUGUAUUUCAUCCUUGAAUAAGUUAGAAGGAGCAACUGUAUUUAUUGGCUAUCCACCUGAUACACCAAAGAAUAUCAGCUGUGAAACACGUGAUUUACAAACAUUAAACUGUACCUGGGAGCCAGGAAGGUCUACUCAGCUAGUCUCAAAGCAUAAGACAAUCUAUAGUCUUAACAUUGGGUCAUCACAGAACCCUCUUCCAUGUGAGCACGCUUUGAAUACAGAAUACUGGUGUAGUUUUCGCAUUUCAAAUAGGAGCGGUGUAACCAAUAUAUCAAUACAUGCAAAAAACUCACUGGGGAAAGUACAGUCCAGUAUAACUGUGGAUGCUGCCCACGUCUUUCGCCCUUUUGCUCCUCAUCAAUUGAGGGAAGAAAAGACAACACCAUACAAUACAACCUUGUCUUGGUCGGAUCAAGUAAACUAUACGGACAUCAACUUGCAUUGUGAGGUGGUGAUCCGCGAUGAGUCUGGGCAAAUUAUGUCACUUAAUUACUCAUUGCUGGGAAAUCCAACAAACACACAGCACACAAUAACGUUAAUUAAUUUACAACCCAACGCAGAGUAUUCUAUCAGAGCUCGAUAUUCAUCUGUACAUUUUUGGAAGUGGAGUGAAUGGAGCAAUGUUGUAGAGGUGAAAACCAAGAUUACUGCACCAUCAGUGAGCCUGGAUGUAUGGAGAACAGUUAUGCCAAACCAAACUGUGACCAUUUACUGGAAGCCACUUUUAGCCACUGAAGCAAAUGGUCCAAUUUUAUUCUACAAUGUAACCUGGUCAAAAAUGGGAAGUGAUUCAAUCAAUAGCACUCGUAUCCGUGGAACUAGUGUGCAAAUUCAUCUUGACCAAGCUGGCUACGUUAUUACCACCAUGGCUCAAAAUGGCGCUGGAACAUCACCCCCUUCUGUGAUCAAGAUCCCUCCACAGCAAGAUGAUGAAAAUCUGACCUUUGAAAAAAUUACUGGUAUCGGGGAUGGAUUCAUUGUGACUUGGCCAACGCAGCAGGCUGAGAACUGUGGCUAUACUGUACAGUGGUGCGAGUCCCUGAGCUUGCCUGUGUGUAGAGUGGAUUGGCGCAAAUUUCCUUCAAAUACAACAGGUGUCACAAUAAAAUCAGAUACCUUCCAAGCUGGAGUACAGUACAGCCUCGAGGUGUAUGAGUGCGGCAGUAAUGGGGAUCACCUACUGAAGAAGCUACUCGGGUACACACGUGAACUCGCCCCAACCGAAGGCCCUAAAGUGGAGAUCAGCAAAACCACUGGAGACUCAGUGCAGAUUGAGUGGAAAGACGUUCCUUUGGAGAAGCAGCGAGGGUUCAUUGAGGGAUUCAAGAUUUAUUACAGUAAAUUCUACAAUGACUCAGCAGCCAACAAGCCAGUGAACUCAGGUAAUCAGUCAGCAAAUAUCAUACUCGACCCUGACAAGCGGGCAUUCAAGAUCUUAGGACUUGAACCAGGAACCACGUACAACGUUGGAGUAAGAGCGUUUACCAGUGGAGGAGACAGUCCCAGCAAUUCUGUCACUGUGACCACACCGAACAGCCCCAUCGCCCUGAUCCUGGGGAUCACCUUGCCUCUGAUCGGAUUUAUAGGGCUUGGAGUUGUCCUCAGUAUCUUCUGUUACCAAAAGCAAGAAUGGAUCAAAGACACAUUUUAUCCUGAUAUUCCCGAUCCAACGAACAGCAAAGUUCUGGAUCCUGGAAGCUUCCCUCAGGGAGUCAACUUGUGCAAAACUCUGGAGCCGAAAGAUUGCACACCUAAUGAAGUGCAUGUUGUGGAAGACAAACCGAUCGUAGGGGAGGCUAAUAAAUCAAUCAAGGCAGAAGAACAGGGUGAGGUUGUACCUGAGGAUGACUCUGAAAAUGAGAUUCAGCAUCAAGGCGUCAUAUCGUACAGGCCAAGUAGCACAUCUCUCAAGAUGUCAGGGGAGCCAAACCCAGCAUUUGAAGCUGCAGCCCCAUUAGUGACGUGUGUUUACCCCAGUGAAGUGACAUACACAAGUAUACGGGGCCCUGCCCCUCCUCAACAGGAAGCAGCAGGGCCAGAUCAGAUGGAGGAUGAUACAGAGGUCAUUGUCAAGUCAGGAUAUCAGCCCCAGAUCCACAUGGCCACCAAUCCUGCAUUAGACAGAGAGCAGCCUGACCUAACGCUCCACGUCAAUGGCUACCAGCCACAGAUGCACAACAAAUCCUGGAGCCUCGAUUCUGGAGACCUACUACCAUUGGAGCCUGACUCCAUCGGCAGCCCAACCUCCAUCAAUUCCCAAGCCUUCCUGAUUCCGGAGAAGAUGAUGGGGGACGAGUUGAAACCCAGUGGCAUAAUGUGGUCCCUUCCCUUCUUCAAUUCCAGAAUGUCUUCAAACUCCUACGGUAACUCCAACCACAGCUGAAGGGGGAUGGAUGUGGAAGUGGAGGGUCCCAGCUUCAAACCUUCACAUUAAUCUUUGCUCCUGCACUCAGCAUUGGCCCACGGUGGUGCAGUGAGAAAGCCUGCGGGUUAAAAAUCUAGAUGAUUAUUACUGCUCAAUUAGCUGCUUUCCAAUGUUCUCAGGGGCUUUAAGCAGGUGGAGGAGUAACUUGCAAAAGCUUUCUGAUUGAGACUCUAAACACAUGAACCAGACUGACCUCACAGCCCUCAGGAGCAUGAGGUUCUGUACACUCUGUUAGCAGUUUGGGUUGAAUGACUUACUUCUCUUCCAAUGUUGACGUGAGAGACUGGAAUCUGGAGCAGACACGAGACGGUCCAUUUCCCUCUACAGAUGCUGCCUGACCCGCUGACUUCCUCCAGCAGCUCGUUUGUUUGCUCUUUCUCCAAUGUUCCUGUUCAAUACUGAUCGCUGUUGUCAGGCUGUAAUUAUAUGUCUAUGAUGUAACACUGGCUAAAUCAUAACCAAAUUAUUGGAGAUGUGAAAAGUGGUUUUGUCUGUGGAAUGCAGUAAGCAGGUACCAAGUCUGGGUUGGUAUCCUGAGGAUUGUUCUAAUCUAGGGUAUGUUUCCAUUCACCUUCUGUAGGAGGUGUGAGAUCAUCAGUGGGAAGAGUAGCCUGUUUGGACUUGAUAGGAUGGGUUUCAGGUGGAGUGUUGCCCUCCUUCAGUGAAUUGACUUGGUGUGUGAACCAGCAGGACAUGGCAAAUUGAACUAAACUUUGUGGCUCAAUGCUCACAGCCUCUACUUCCACACGGCACCCCACAUCACAACCAUAGGCAGCUGAAGCCCACACCCUCUUCGAUGGAAAAGUGGGCAGGAUGGGGAUCUGACCCUUUGGAGUAUAAAUAUUCUGGUUUGCAGCUGUUUGUAUUUCUUCCUACUUCAACGAAGGAUUUGAGGAUCUGAACAGAAUUGUCCUGCUGAAUGAGCCAAUGUGUCCCACCUGAAUACUGCUCUUGCUCUAUUUAUCAAAAGCUAUGUGCUUCAUGGACAAGGCAUUGCUUUGAAGUGCAGUCAUUGUUAUGCUGCUAAGACGUGGUGUAAGCUGAUGCAAAGGUCAUCUAUGGUCAAUUUAAAUAUCUCCUGCUUAUGAUGUAUAACCACAAACCAUCAAACUCUGUGGGCAGGCUGCAUGAUCUGAAGUGCCAUUGCAUUCAAUCUAACUGGUCAAUCAGCAUUUCUGAUAGGAAGAACAAACUUGGACUUGCCCCAGAAAAGCAGCAGAUGAACUUGAGUACUGUCAAUAUAUUUACUGACAGCUCUGAUUUACCAUAAACCAACUGAGGUACCAGAUGCAAAAGCACCAUACAUCACCCUCAAGAAUGGUGAGGGUGCAGAAUGUCGUGUCAGGGAGAUGUUUAACAUUGGUUAAAAUAUUUGCAGCUGCAGGGAUAGGGCCUGUCAUUCCUAUGGACUACGUCUAGAGUCAGUACUAUUUAUCCAGUCAGUUUGGAUAUUGGCUAUUAAGUAUUUGAUGUUAGCUGAUUAUUCAACUAUAUUAUAAAUCACAGAUCUAUCUAUAAUACCUAGAUUUCAAAU